ACAAACAUUUUGUAAACAAUACUGAUAAUACUGCAAAGUGGAAAAAUCGUUUAAAGUUUUUUUAUUUCCUGAAGAGGAAAAACAAUCGUUAUUUACAAGUAUAGAAGAAAAACGCUUUGCGAAAAGUUAUAUCUUUAAUUUAAAAAAAAGUACAAUGGAUUCAGAAUCCUCGGAAUUUAAAUUCAAAUUUGAAGAAUUGAAAAUAAACAAUGAAUCCUGGAGUUUUAAACAAUUUAAAGAGAUAUUCAAGAUUAAAAUAGUAAAAGAGUCGGAAGAUCAAAUGAAUUUGGAAUUUGAUUUAAUUAAUUGUCAAACUUCGUUAGUGAAUACAAUUCGACGAAUUCUUAUCAGUGAAGUGGCUUCAAUUGCAAUUGAUAAGAUUUUCAUUAAGAAUUAUGACAGUAUAAUGCAAGAGGAAGUACUCUCACAUAGACUAGGUCUUGUGCCACUUUUAGCAGAUCCUCGAUUAUUCGAAUAUCGGUCCAGAGAAGAUGAUGCAGACAAUACAGUUAGUGAUCAAGAUACCUUGAGAUUUGAAUUAAAAGUUUCGUGUACUCUCAAUAAACGAGCAUCGAAAGAAUCUCAAUCACUCGAUGCAAUGUAUAUUAAUCACAAAGUAUACAGCAAAGAUAUAAAAUGGCUUCCUAUCGGCAGACAAUUGGAAAUUUUUCCAAGAGGCGAGGAACAAGUUGGAGUUAUUCAUAAGGACAUUUUGCUAAAUAAAUUAAAUCCUGGUCACGAGAUAGACAUUAUUAUGGAGGCUGUGAAAGGAAUUGGCAAGGAUCACGCAAAAUUUUCUCCCGUUUCAACUGCAUUUUAUAGACUAAUGCAAAAAAUCACUUUGCUCACUCCUGUGAAAGGGGAAAUGGCUGAGAAACUGAAAAAUUGCUUCAGUCCAGGUGUGAUUGAAAUUGUGAAAAAUGAAUCAAAUGAAACGGAAGCUAAAGUGGUAAAUUCUCGUUAUGAUAGCUGUUCUCGUAAUGUUGAACGACAUAAGGAUUUGAAAGAUUGUGUCUUGCUGGAUCGUGAACCAAAUCAUUUUAUUUUCACAAUUGAAUCCGUUGGAGCGCUUCCAUCAUCUAUUUUAUUUGUCGAAGCUGUUAAAGUUCUCAAGAAAAAAUGCAGGACAUUUAUCGACGAACUAAAUGAUAUUAAAUAAGUAUCAAUUUUACUUAUAAGUAAAUUCUUUUAAAUCAUUUGACACAAAGAAUCAAAAAUUUCAAAUCUUUAUCAUACCAAAACUUGACUUUACUUUGUUCGCUAUUUUUCUUUAAUUAUUUUUUUCUU